CAGAAAAACAACCAGACUUUUCUUUCACUUUGAGCUGAAGCGUCGGUUGUGUCGCAGCAGGAAAUUGAUGAGUGUGCGGCUCCUCUGGCUGAAUCGUCUCUUGUGGGCUAACAGCAGAGUGUCAGUAUGGCUGAAGCACCUGGAGGAAGCCGGGGAACCUGGAGUGAUUGGAUACCCUGGGGAAAACCCACACAGGCACAGGAAGAACAUGCAGACUCCACUCAGAAGGACCCAGACUGGGAUUCGGGAUACCUGGAACCCUCUCAUGAUGUGCAGCCUGUGAAGCUCAGCAGCAGCUUUGAAUUCAUACCACCAACCUUCUCUGAGCUGCAGGUUGUUCUGCUGGGGAACAGCUGGUCUCAGAGGAGCUCAGUGAUCAACUUCAUUCUGAACGAGACAAACUUCAACACUGAGGAAGAACCAGACUGCUGUCAGACCAUCAGAGGACAGCUGAAAGAGAAAGAAAUCGUCCUCAUCAACACUCCAGAUCUGCUGCAUCCCAACAUCUCUGAGAACAAACUGAGAGAACAUGUGAAAAAGUGUGUGAGACUCUGUGGUCCUGGACCUCAUGUGUUCCUGCUGGUUCUCCAGCCUGAGGACUUCACUGAGGAACACAAACUGAAGCUCUGCAGAGUCCUUCAGCGCUUCAGUGAUCGAUCAUUUGAUCAUUCACUGGUUCUGAUGUCAACACCCAGAGAGGAGAGUCCAGGUUUCAUGGAAGAAUAUCAUCAGCGUCCACCCUUCAAAGACCUGAUCAGAAGAUGUCAGAACAGGUUCUUGUGGCAGAAGAAUCUUGAACUUCCAGAGCUGUUAACACGCUUUGAUCAAAUCGUAAAGGAGAACGAUGGAGGGCAUGUUAGCUGUGAUGUAUUUGAUGGGAAUCAGAGCAGAGAGAGUCUCAGGAUGGUGCUGAUUGGGAAGACUGGCAGUGGGAAGAGCUCUUCAGGAAACACCAUUCUGGGAAGAAAGGAGUUUAAGGCUGAAUUUAGUCAAACAUCAGUCACCAGACGUUGUCAGAAAGCACAUGGUGAGGUGGACGGUCGUCCAGUCUCUGUGGUCGACACUCCUGGUUUGUUUGACACAACUUUGUCUCAUGAACAAGUGAAUGAUGAGAUGGUGAAGUGCGUCAGUCUUCUGGCUCCUGGACCACAUGUCUUCCUGUUGGUGUUUGGGAUUCAGACAAGAUUUACACAAGAGGAGAAGGAGACUUUAACAAAAAUCAAAGAAGGCUUUGGGAAGAAAUCUGAGAAGUUCACCAUCGUUCUGUUAACUGGAGGAGAUAACCUGGAGGCUGACGGGGUAUCAGUUGAAGAAUAUUACAACACAUGUGAUGAAUCAUUUAAGAAAGUGAUUGCUGACUGUGGAGGAAGAUACCAUGUGUUUAAUAACCGCACAAACAACAACACACAAGUCAGAGAGCUGAUAGCCAAGAUUGACUCCAUGGUGAAGGAAAAUGGAGGCAGCUGCUUCACUAAUGAGAUGCUGCAAGAGGCUGAGGCAGCAAUAAGGAAAGAAAUGGAGAAGAUCCUGAAGGAGAAGGAGGAAGAGAUGGAGAAAGAGAGGGAAGAGCUUCAAAGAAAACAUGAUGAAGAAAUGGAAACAAUGAAAAGAAGAAUAGAGGAACAGAGAGAAGAAGUUCAAAAGGAGAGAAAACUGAGAGAAAAGGAACUUAAAGAAAUGGAGGAGAAGUUUACUAGAAGAACGGAGGACAUGAAGAAGAAACAUGAAGAGGACGCCAGAAGGAAAGCUGAAGAGUUUAAUGAAUUUGAACAGGAAUUCAAGAAGAAACUUGCAGAUCAGGAUGAAGAGCAUAAGAAACAAAUGGGUGACAAAGAUAAGCAAUAUGACACAUUAAAGGCUCUUUCAGAUCACAAUGAAGAAGAAAAGAGGAAAAAACAUCGAGCUCAAAUUUGUGACUUAAUGAAAAGUGUGAACAGAAAGAGAGGAAAUCUGAACAAAAUCAAGGAGUUACUGGACAAACAGGAACAAGAAAUGAAGCAGAUAGAAACUGAAGAGGAAACAAAAUAUCUGCAGCAAAAACAUGAGGAAGAAAUUAGUGACUUGAUACAGAAACUGUUGGGUGAAGAUGACGAAUUUUGUUCCAUUUUAUGAAGAGAUUUGUUUUCUAACAGCUUGCUAUGUCAUCAGAAGCCAAGGCAACACUGUUCUUUUUGAGUAUUUCAUGUCUGUAGAUGUGCAACGGGAAAAAUACUCCACUCGUUAGAGUUGCUGUGCAGGAGUGUGCAAGAUAACGAGAUGAGAACAUCCUGAGCCUCUGUGUCAUCGAGUGGUAGCCCUAAAAGGGGCAGAACCCACUAGUAUGAAGGAAGCUUGCACAGAGUAAAAGACAGUGAGGAUUUAGCAGUUUGUAUAGCUGUAUGAUUGUCUCUUCUUGGCCAAGUUUAAAUAAAUAUACCACGAGGCUGAUAUUCUCUCAUUGAGGUCUUUGUUCAUUUCCACAACAAUCAGCACAGAGCAGUUUGAGUGUCGGCUUCAUUUGUUCUACUUUCAUUUGGUUAACUGAAAAGAAGGAAAGAUUUCACUGUAGUGAUUUGCAGUGGACUAACUUGUAAUCAAACCAAAGCCACAGAAACACCUCAGACUGUCAGGUGUUCCAGUCAGCAGCCUCUUCAACAUCAAACUGUUCGUAACCAUAGCAACAGUACUGACGCUUCAGGCUUUAGCAGUUAGCACAAACUAUAAGGCUGUUCCAUAACUACAACAAAGACCACAUGUAGUUAUUAAGUAUGUAAUUCCUUUAUUGUUGUUUUCUUUUCUCUUAAUGAAAAAUGUGAUGAUGAUGAUGAUGAUGAUGAUGAUCUUUGUUUUCUUCUGAAUCUGAGACAAAAUGUGAUGUUUGUGUUGUGAGUUAAAUGUUUUGAUGUGAUUUUUUCUGUUUUCUGUGCAGAUCACAAAUAUCAGAGCAAAUGUUAAAUAUUAAACAUGUUAAACCACUCAUGAUGAUGACACAGAUCGACAUUACAGACGGGGAAUAAUUCAGAUGGAUCUUCAGUCUUAUGUUCUGUAUUUGAUCUUUGGGUCCUUUAUCCUUCUAAAAGAUGAAUAAAGUGUUUUACUGCUG